AUGUUCCUCAGUUGUAAAUAUGCUGCUCUUGCUUUUCCGAUCUGCGCCUUCACAUCUGCAUCAGAUCCACCCUGUUCAUCAAUGAUGCUGCCCAGAUAUGUAAAGAUGGAAGACUCUGUGUAUGUAACUAAACUCCCCGCUCCACGUGAAGUAUCACCACUCAUACGAACAGCGCGUUGGGGAUUGUUAGCUGCUGGGAUUGUUUAUGGAGCUCUACGCCUAAAAUAUCUUACUAGAAGGGAAAAGAAGAUAUCCGAACGUGACCGUGCAAUUAUAGAAAAAAGAUUGGAAGAGUACAAUGAAUUGUGUGCUCUACAGGCACAAAAAUCUCUGGAGGAGUUAUCUAAAGCAACUGGUGUACCGUUGGAUUAGUAGAUAACAUAAUAAACUUUAGAAACUACUAUGAUGUAUAUCACUUCCAAUUUUUUAGAUAUAUAAUCAGUCCACUUUCUUUUCUUUUUACUUGUUUUCAAUUUUAUACUAACAAGAUAGCACUAUACAAAUCAAAACUGAUGACACACGCUUUAAUCCUUCUCCACCUGACAGGGUUUAAGAAGCUGUGUUAUUAGACUUAACAUAAACGCGACUCAUAAGCUAGUACCCAAACCUACACAGAAACUAAAGUCACUUGAUUACCUUAUAAAUUCGUUUUAAAAACAGGCUCGUUUAUAUUUAUCAAUCUGUGCCACUUAAUAUUUGUAGAAGCAUACUGUACAGCAUUGUGCUCUGUAUGUAACCCCAUAAAUAAAUAGAAAAAAAAACACGUAAAACGAAAUAAGACUCAUACCCGUUGCACAAGCGCAUCUAUCUAUACUCGGUAGAUAACACACGCAAUGGAUAACUAGGUCUAAUUGUACUGGACUUGAGUCCCAGCGUAAGCAUCAACGCUAGAAUGUGGGUACAUCUAGCUGGCGAUCCUCAAAUCAAACGAAGCGCGUGUCCUGUAUUCCGCUACCACCCAUUUCCCGACUUUGCUAAAACGUGUGUAUUUUAUAUUUAAGGUUGUUUAUUCGGCUUCUAUGGCUCAAAUCAUUGUUUUGAGACACUAUGAGAGAUCGAAGAUUUUAUAGUUUGAAAGUCGUAAUAUUUUGUUUUUAUGUGGAUCCUUUAUGAAUUUUUUUAUAGGCCUUAUUUCUUACUGAUUAUGUUUAACUCACUUUUUGUCUAUUAUAUACUAUGUUGUUCAGCGUCGUAGUGCGUGGUGAAGUUAAAACCUUAAAUAAAUGGUUUACGUAAAUGUAAAUUAUUAAGCAAGUACAUAGUUUGCAUUGAACGCUGAUUAUUAUAAAGAACAAUACUACCAACCAGUCAUUGUCAGCAUUGAACCUGACAAAUGUGCGUUAUCCCAAAUUUCUAUACCACAUCAUCACAACGAAGUGAAACUAACAAGAUGAAUAACAAAAGUCGAGGUAAUUCUAUUAGUGGUGAUAACGCUAAAAACCCUAACCAGGUAGUCUGAACUUUCUAACAGGACUCAGACUAGCAAUUAGUGAACUCACGGACUGAUGUUAUGUUUUGGUUUAGGUCCCACCAGCGCUUUUCCAAACUACUACAACAGCAUCUGUAAAAGUAGGUGAUGGUCGAGCAUACAUAGCACGUGGACCACGAACCGUUCGACUACAGUUUCGAACUCUACCGUACUCUGGAGUGUCAGGUAGCAUCGCGGGUUUUAACACAAAAUGAGUUUCGAAAUGGAAUGUGCGAACCUGUAAUUGAUUAGUCAAUCCCAUUAAAUAAAAGUAACAGUAGAAGUAACCAAAUCAGUAUAAUAGAUAGUCAUAAUUAACAUGAUGUUCGGGACUAUGAUGGUUAACCCAAGUUCCCAUACCAAAUCAACACAUCGAGAUAUACUUAACCAGAUAAGUAGAAAAUGAGUCGAAAUAAUAAUGGUAGUGGUGAUAAUGAUAAGCGAUCAUUUAGAGUACAAAAAGACAAAGCGCAACGGUAUGUAUGUGUAAAUAUUCGAUCUCAAGAUCUGGAGAAAGGUAAGAAGUUAAUGCAUCUCCACUAUGAACCGUGUCACUCAAAUUCUCUAACCACUUAUCUUGUUUAUCGUGUGGUUCGCAAGCAUAUAGUGUUUAUCUGCCAACAUGACUCAGAGCAGCACUAGUGACCUUGUGGAUUGGUCCUAUGUCUUGGUUUGGUCCCUCCUAACCUUAUCGAUUCACUCCUACACCAGGAAACAUCGCCUAUCCAUGUAAGAGGUGAUUAGGCAUACGUAACGUCCUAAUCGCGUCAGUUGACGAGUAGUGUUGGUAACGUUCAUUCAACUAAAGUGAGCCUUGAAGCUAAUUACAUAAGUACGUACCGAUAAAUUUCAACCUGUUCAAAAAUGAUAGUUUUCAGUAUAUGGUACUAUUAAUUUAUUUGUACAAUAACUACCAAAGGAGUUGGCUUCCGUAUCAAUAACCCUGAAAACCUUUAUUCUCUUAAUUAAAAGUAUCUGAAUUAUUGUACGAACUAGGAAUCCCCGAAAUAGCUCAAUUUAAACCAAAUAGAACUAGG